AACAGUUUUAAGACCAUGCGUCGUAAAACAUAGUUACAUAAAAAAUUGUCAAACCUAACCUAAAAAAUAUGAUAGUUUAAUUUAAACAAAACUUAUUUAAUUUGUUUAAAUUGAAUUAACCAAGAAUGUUUAGAUUUAUAAAAUUAACGCAAAUAAAUGGUUUACAAAAUUAUGUAGGUAAGCGAUUUGCUGGUCACUCAAAAUGGGCAAAUAUCAAGCAUAUCAAAGGUUUAAAAGAUGCUCAAAAAGCACAAAAUUUCACACGAAUGUCCCGGCUAAUUAAAGUGGCAAUACAAGAAGGUAAAUCAACAAAUCCAGAUUCAAAUACAAAAUUAGCACAAGCUAUCGAACAGGCGAAACGAUUAAAUAUGCCUGUGGCAUCUAUACAAAAUGUCUUAAAAACUAGUCAAAUUAAUAAGAAUGAAGCAAAAAAACAUUUAUUAGAAUUAAGAGGACCGGGUGGUUGUAUAAUAUUAGUCGAAUUAUUUACGGAUAAUCUAACAAAAUGUAAGCAAAUGUUAGCGACAUUUCUAAAAAAAUUAAACACCAAAUAUGCAGAUAGUGGAGCGAAACAUAUAUUUGAAUAUAAGGGUAUUGUAGAUUGCGAAUUGCAAUCAAGCCUAGAGAAUAAAUCAGACGAAGAAAUCCAUGGAACUUGUAUAGAACAUGCAAUUAUAUCAGGGGCUGAAGAUGUUGAGAUUAUCCAAAUUGAUGAGAAAACAAAACUUAUACGAUUUAUUUGUGAUCCAAAUCAAAUAAAUGCAGUGGCGGGUUCAUUAGAAAGUGAUUUUGACUAUGUAUGUACAUCAAAAUCCGCAGAAUAUUUUGCAAAACAAUUUGUACAAAUUAAUGACGAAGAUUUAUCGACGUACGAAAAAUUAUGUGAAAAAUUAGAAAGUAUUACGGAAGUUAUUAAUGUGUAUGAUAAUGUCCAAACUGUUUAAAUAGAUUUUUUUCA